AUGGUGGUCUUCUUCGUUCACGAAGGUAAAGCGCGCGGUGCGCAGGUGGUGCAAGAGGCGUGCGCGGCGCCGGAGGGCGGCGGCAGCCUGGCCAGCGGCAGCCAGGCCGCGCGCCCCGAGCGCCAGAGCGUGCCGCCGAGCCGGCCGCGCGCGCCGCCGCUCGCCGCCCCCGGGCCCACGCUGGCGCGCCUGCGCGUGCUCACCGCGCCGCCCACCUGCGUGCAGGAGCUGGCCCACGCGCCGCACGCCGCACACGCGGCCCACGCCCACUCGCCCGCGCUCGCAGGUCGGCCCCGCUCGCGCCCCGCCGCCCCCGCCGCCCCCGCCAGCCCCGUCCCUCACUCGCCCUCUUCGCUUGCAGGCGAGGCCCUCAGCCCGCGCAUCGUGGCCGACGUGGACAGCGUGCACUCCGACACGCACUUCAAGAGAGGCGGCAGGCGAGCGGCGAGGGCGCGCGCAGACCAGAGCUUCACGCAAUUCGCCGUCAUGGAUGAUGAGAACGUCUCGGCGUUACAGCAGGUGACGAAAGGCGGUGCCCUCACACUGGUCUCCCUGUGGAAGUCGCAGUUCGACGACUCCGAAGAGACAACCGACAACGAAUGGAAACAAGAGCAGCUGCAGUCGCCGGAGCACCGCGGCGCGCGCGGCGCCAGCGCCGUGUCGAGCGGCUCCAACGCGGCGCGCACGCAGCUGCCCGCCACGCACACGCAGCACACGCAGCACACGCAGCCCUCGCAGCCCACGCCGCCCACGCAGCAGCAGCCCGCGCCCGCGCCCACGCCCCCUCACGAGCCCCACCACCAGCAGCUCGCAAAUCAGGUGGAGGUGGUUAAUAAUGCGGAGACGACGGAGGGCGCGCCUAAGGCGGAGCAGCCGGUCAGCGAGAAGGGGGCCAAGGUGCGGUGCUGCCUGCACAGCGCCGGCAUCGAGGCGUUCCCGCGGCUGCAGCCCGUGCUGCCGCGCAGCUGGAGCCUGCCGGCGAUCGGGACGCGGGUGCGCGCGCUGCGGCCGCCGCUGCUGCAGCAGGCGUCGUUCGACGGCGGCGCGGGCGGGCCGGAGGGCGGGCCGGAGGGCGCGCUGCGCUACAGCCUCGACGUGAUGCGCGGCGUGGCGGCGCGCGGCCACGGCCCGGAGCCGCCGCCGGAGCCGCCCAGGGCCUCCAGCUUGCCGGACGUGUCGCGGUCGGGCAGCGCGUCCGGUGCGUCCGGCGCGUCGGGCGCGUCUGCGGGGCGCCGUCUCGCCCCCGCCGCCGCCGCCGCCGCCGGCCCCUCCCCCGGCGCGCCCUCGCCCUCCCCCGCGCCCCCCUCCGCGCCCCCCUCCGCCGCGGAGCGCACCGUCUCCAGCCGCCUCGAGAUCCGCGUGCGCGCGCGCACCGAGCCCCACGACGGCGCCCAAGUGAGAAUCCACUCGGUGGUGAGCGGCGGCGAACCGUUUCGGCUCAAUCACGAGGAGGCUUCGGUCUACUACGACGCUACAGAACAUCAGAGAGAUAAAAGGUCUUCGACUCGUAGCGCAGAGAAAAGCCAGAGCCCCGCGAUGGAGAGGACACGCCUCGACGCCAUAACGGAUAGAUCGGGAUCGGGUUCGAGGCGCGACGCGAGCGCCCCCGCCGACGUCGCUCACAGCCUCCGGGACCGCUCCGCGGGCGGCACGUCCCGCAUCCCGGUGGCGACGGGCGCGCCGGGGGCGGGGGCGGGGGCGGGUGCGGGGGCGGCGGCGGGGUGCGGCGAGGCGCGCGCCGGCCGCCUCGCCAAGUGCGCCUCGUGGAGCGGCGACGGGCCCCUCACGCCCGACCCCAACGACCUCACGCCCGGUGAUGAUCCUCCUGAAUAUGCUAUGCCGAUGAUGACCUUAGCCUACACAAUACUAUUACUAAUACACGCGGUGGCGGUCCCCGAUUCAGCGCUCCGCAGGCGGCGGCAGAACGCCAACGAGAAGUACGCGGCGGACCCCGCGCGGGAGCUGAACCUGCGCUUCGCCCGGCCGCGCCACCGCCAGCCGCCGCAGCUGCACAACAGG